AUGGGAGAUGCGUAUUGUUCCGACUGCAAGAAGAGCACGGAGGUGGUGUUCGACCAUUCGGCGGGGGAUACUGUGUGCUCCGAGUGCGGGCUGGUGUUGGAGUCACACUCCAUUGAUGAGACUUCCGAGUGGCGUACCUUCGCUAAUGAGUCUGGGGACAAUGACCCAGUCCGUGUUGGUGGCCCGACGAACCCGCUUCUCUCAGAUGGAGGGUUGUCGACCGUGAUUUCUAAGCCGAAUGGGACCACAAGUGACUUUUUGUCGUCUUCUCUCGGUCGCUGGCAGAAUCGUGGGUCCAAUCCUGAUCGGUCGCUUAUCCUUGCGUUUAAAACGAUCGCCACUAUGUCGGAUAGGUUGGGCCUUGUUGCAACAAUAAAGGAUCGGGCUAAUGAGAUUUACAAGAAGGUAGAAGAUCAGAAGUCUAGUCGAGGAAGAAACCAGGAUGCUAUAUUAGCUGCUUGCUUGUACAUUGCUUGUCGACAAGAAGACAAGCCUCGCACUGUUAAGGAAAUUUGCUCUGUUGCCAAUGGAGCAACAAAGAAGGAAAUUGGCCGAGCAAAAGAAUACAUUGUAAAACAACUUGAGCUUGAAAUGGGUCAAUCAGUGGAAAUAGGGACUAUACAUGCUGGGGAUUUUAUGAGGCGGUUUUGUUCAAAUCUUGGGAUGACAAAUCAAACAGUUAAAGCUGCCCAAGAAGCUGUUCAAAAAUCAGAGGAGUUUGACAUAAGGAGAAGUCCUAUAUCAAUUGCUGCAGCAGUUAUUUAUAUAGUUACUCAGCUUUCUGAUGAAAAAAAGCCCCUCAAAGAUGUAUCUCUUGCAACUGGAGUUGCCGAAGGGACAAUCAGAAAUUCUUACAAGGAUUUAUACCCCCACCUUUCGAAGAUAAUACCAAACUGGUAUGCUCAGGAAGAGGACCUUAAGAAUCUCUGCAGCCCUUGA